AAAAAUGUGUGCAUCAUUAUUAUUAGUGUCAAAAAAUUCGCAAUUUAAUGCUGGCUUUCUCCUCUAAUCACAUGAUCAACAACCAUAUGAGAUGAACAAAAAGCACGUGCCGAUAAGAAUGAAUUUCCUUAUCAUUUUUGCAAAUUUAAAACUAUAAAAGGAAUGAAUUCUGUGGAUCCCAUGAUUUUUUUCAAUUAUUUGUUGUCAAUCUAUCGAUGGUCAUGUGCUAAUAUAGGUGUUAAAAAGGGUGAUGAUGGCUCAGAAUAUGUGUACGCAGAGGAACAACUUAGGUAUGAUCUUGAGCACUUACUGGAUGAACCUGAAGAACACUUGGAUCUCAGGUGUGCCCACAUUGUGGAACGUCUUCUCUUGUCAGAUUGUGAGACACUUUUGCAGAGGGCAACAAUGGAGAAAUACGAGAACUUGCAAACCUUCUAUCGUGAGCUUUCAAAGACAAUACAACUUGUCUACGAGGCAAAGAAGUUCAGCUCAUACUUUUCUGCUCAACAGGAAGGUAAUGCAGAGCCGAGGAAGGGAUUGAAAGUUUUUAUUGACAAAUCAAGCAUUGAAAAAGCAAAAUAUAUUCUAAAACGAUUCGACCGUGUGAAUUUGACAAUUGUUGUUCAUAAAUGGUCAAGAAAUUUAUCUGAUGUCAAACUCGGUGAUACAAUGCAGAAAUUUGAUUUUAUUACCGAUUUAUAUCUUCUAAACUUGACGCGUAGAUAUAUAAGUUUGUACCAUGAAUCUUAUGAAACGGUUCAGGAUUUCAUUAGUCUCGAAAGAAUUCCAAAAUUACGUACAUUUAAAGUGAAGAAUAUGUUAUUUAUGGAAGAGUUCUUAGAGAAAGUAAGUAACAUGAAACUGGAAAGUCUGAUGUUUAUUGGAUGUACUUUUCUCGCUUUCAAGAAUGCUGUGCUUCAAUGUAAAAAAAUUGAGGUGACUUUUGGAGAAUCAUAUGAGACUAUCUGCUUCAGUAAGUGCAGGUGGUUUUGUCCUAUUCUAUCGCCUCCGGCACAUAAACAAAUGAUAAGAAUCCAAGUCAAUAUAAAUAAGUGCGUAAAACUACGCAAUCUGACGUUAAACAUGAGUUACAGUGAGAGUGUUAUGCCUAGUGACCAAAUAGUAGGUGGUCUACGGUGUUUAAUAUUAGGUAAGAUGAACUGCGACCGGCUGCUCCCGUCUUUUCGGUGUUAUGGUACUAUACCAGAGUAUUUAUCAUUUGAUAUUUUUUAUCUAGAGCUCGCUGUCAGUUUUCUAAAGAAAGAAAACCGAAACGAACUUAAGCAUCUAGUAUUAAUUUGUUAUAAGAUUAGAUAUAUUUAUGAUGUUUGUGAUUUUUAUGAUGUUUGUGAUUUUUAUGAUGUUUGUGAUUUCUUUGAUGUUUCUAAUUUGUUUAACCUAGACUUUGCUGCUCUUGAAGUUUUAGAAAUUGAUGCUGGCGGUAAUGGUUUGGAGUUGAGGGAUAAGAGCACAAUUGAAGUAAAAAUGAAAAAGUUAGAAACAUUAAUAAUCCGGUGCUCGUAUUUAGAUGCAAAACUCUUGAAAAUGAUAACUGAGCUGGAAAUGUUGAAACAUCUUGAAAUUUGUAUGUAUGAUGAUGAGAAUGUCAAGUAUGAACUUUUAUGUAGACAACUAAGCAAUUUGAAAGGACCAAUAGAAAAACUCUUUGUUAGUUCUAAGAUGACCAUUGGUGAACUGGUAAGGUUAAUAGAACCUUUAAAAACGUUAAAAGAAUUUCGCAUAGAUGGUAGAUCCAUUCGGUCAUCAUUUGAUAGCCUCGCCAAUCGAAAUUAUGACAAAUUCCAACCUGCAAAAGUUGAUGCGAACGAACAGAAUUUGGUGGAGAGUAAGAAUGUGGUGCAUCUAAAACUCCACACUCUCCAUAUUAGGAUGGUUUUAGCACAAAAAAAACUUAUCCAACUUAUGUUAUGUCAAUAUUUUGGAGCUUUCGCUGACAUUGAGAAAUUGGUGAUUGACGUAGUACCAAAACGUCCAGGAGUAAUUCAGAAAUUGUUCAGAAGUAUGCAAGAGCAGUUCAAAUACUUGAUAAAAAGCAUUUUCGAGACGUUCAAACAACUUGAUGUACUUGUGUUCCGUUAUAUGAGUUUUCACAUUUCUGAAGAAAAGGCUCAUAUUCUUCAUAAGUUUUUUUCGUCGAGAUGUAGAUCUCUUAAGGAACGAUGCGAGUGGUCAGAUAAGUGCGAUGGAGAACAAACAAUCUUCGAGCUUUAUAGGUAA